AUAUGUUUUGGUAGCACUGCCAGCAUUUUCCUCAUAGUUCACAAUUUCAUUUCAACCAUUUUAUUUAUCGAUAAAGAUGUCAUCUCCUCUAGCGAAACCCCAGAUAAUUACACAUAUUCAGAAAAGUUUGAACUACACAGUAUUUGACAGCAAAUGGAUUCCCUGCAGCGCCAAAUUUGUCUGCCUGGGGAACUUUGCAAGAGGAACCGGAGUAAUGCAGAUUUAUGAAGUACAACACGGAGAGGCUCAGCUUGUGAAGGAGGUAGAGAAACCUAAACCUAUAAAAUGUGGGACGUAUGGGGCCACAUCUCUUCAGCAAAGACACAUAGCAACUGGAGAUUUUGAUGGCAAUCUCAAUAUAUGGAAUCUGGAGACACCUGAAGAACCAAUUUACUCUGUGAAGGCCCACAAAGAAAUUGUGAACAGUAUUGAUGGAGUUGGGGGUCUGGGGAUCGGUGAUGGUGCACCUGAGAUUGUCACUGGAAGUAGAGAUGGGACUGUGAAAGUAUGGGAUCCCAGGCAGAAGGACUCACCUGUAGCCAACAUGGAGCCUAUGGAAGGAGAGACCAAAAGGGACUGCUGGACUGUUGCCUUUGGGCACGCCUUUAACGAUCAGGACCGCUGUGUAUGUGCUGGCUACGAUAAUGGAGACAUCAAACUCUUUGACCUGCGGAAUAUGUCCUUACGCUGGGAAAGUAACAUUAAAAAUGGGGUGUGCUGUGUGGAGUUUGACAGGAAGGACAUCAACAUGAAUAAACUAGUGGCCACCUCACUGGAGGGAAAAUUCUACGUCUAUGACAUGAGGACUCAGCACCCCACCAAAGGCUUUGCCUCUGUUUCCGAAAAGGCUCAUAAGUCAACUAUCUGGCAGGUGAAGCAUUUGCCUCAAAACAGAGACAUCUUCAUGACCGCAGGAGGAGCAGGAAACCUACACCUAUGGAAAUAUGAGUACCCUGGUCAGAGAAGUAAAAAGGACUCUGAUGAUGUGGAUGUGGGCGUCACAGGAUCCGUCAGUCUCCUACAGAACGUCACUCUGUCCACUCAGCCAAUCGCCAGCCUCGACUGGAGCCCCGAUAAGCAGGGCUUGUGUGUGUGUUCAGGCUUUGACCAGUCUGUUCGAGUACUUAUUGUAACCAAACUCAACAUGGUGUAAAAAUCAAAACCCAUCAAAGACUGAUCUUAAUACAAAAACACACACACUCUCACAACUGCAAAUACAGUUUUGGUGUUUUAUUCAGUGCUUCUUGAAAGCAGAAAUCAGAAUCUGUGGCAGCUGUCCCUUUACAUUUUAUACAGUUGACAGUCAUCUUAUCUUUCAAACUUAUCUUGUCAUAAAACUAACAGGAAAAACUCCAAUGAAAAAGCAAAUCUUUGAUUUUGAUAAUGUAGCCUUAUCUCGAUUAAAUGCUAUCCAGAAACACGUAGUGCUUUGAGAAGUCCUACAGGCAAUAUUAUCCUGUAAAGUCACUGCAGAGAAACACACAAAUAACUCCCAUAAUAUCAAAAAGCUUCCAGUGGGAUGCAGAAAUGACUCAUCCAGACUCUGGCUUGGAAUAACACUUUGGGGCUUAAGAUUUCAUUUUGCUCUCAUAUCUGCUUCCAUUUUGGUCAGAAGCGUACUGAAACUUAACACCUGUAGGUUUUGCAUUGUGGGUGAAAAUUGUUGAACUUCAUACUUGUCUGUUGUUAUUUCUGUUGUAAUUUUUAAUAAGACAUUUUUAUUGAGAACGUUGUGUCUUCAGAUUAAAAGUAUUUGGAUAAA